UUAACAAACGUCGCUAUAUAUCUCGGUUGUCCAUCGCCCCUCAAGUAAUUGUGUUCUCGUUCAGAAUGAAGUUGAUCGUACUCCUUCUCAUUUUGUCUUUGCAACAGAUUUCGUCAAAUUGGAUAUACGACAGGCAAUGGAGAGAGAUCUCGAAUCCUUACACUUCGCCAGCGGUUUAUGAGGCUUUCCAUAAUAAGGAGAAAGCUCCGGAGGAUGUAAAGGGAUGCGUGCGAAGGGUUUUGCCGGAAUUCGUGAUUGAUGUAAUUGAAUGGAUCAAAAGAGUUAUUAUUUAUAUCGCGCAUAUUAUAUAUUCACCUCUCUAUGCUUCUUUCUGUGCCAUAGAGGCUGUUAUUAAUAUGGGAAAAAAGGUUGGCCGCAUCAUUUGGGAUCCAUUUGGCUCAGUUCAGAGAGUUUUAUCGAUAUCCUAGGUGUCAUUCGGUACAGCCUUUAAAUGUACAUUAGACUAAUAAAGCAAUGGUGAAGAAUGA